AUGCUGAGGUCCCUACGUACCAAGCUGAAGUCCCUACAUACCCGCACCACGCUGAAGUCCCUACGUACCCGCACCACGCUGAAGUCCCUACGAACCCGCACCACGCUGAAGUCCCUACAUACCCGCACCACGCUGAAGUCCCUACGAACCCGCACCACGCUGAAGUCCCUACGUACCAUGCUAAAGUCCCUACGUACCCGUACCACGCUGAAGUCCCUACGUACCACGCUGAAGUCCCUACGUACCACGCUGAAGUCCCUACAUACCCGCACCAUGCUGACGUCCCUACGUACCACGCUGAAGUCCCUACAAACCCGCACCACGCUGAAAUCCCUACGAACCCGCACCACGCUGAAGUCCCUACGAACCCACACCACGCUGAAGUCCCUACGUACCCGCACCACGCUGAAGUCCCUACGUACCACGCUGAAGUCCCUAAGUACCCGCACCACGCUGAAGUCCCUACGUACCACGCUGAAGUCCCUACGUACCCGCACCACGCUGAAGUCCCUACGUACCCACACCACGCUGAAGUCCCUACGUACCACGCUGAAGUCCCUACGUACCAAGCUGAAGUCCCUACGUACCAAGCUGAAGUCCCUACGUACCAAGCUGAAGUCCCUACGUACCAAGCUGAAGUCCCUACGUACCACGCUGAAGUCCCUACGUACAACGCUGAAGUCCCUACAUACCACGCUGAAGUCCCUACAUACCAUGGUGAAGUCCCUACGUACCACGCUGAAGUCCCUACGUACCCGCACCACGCUGAAGUCCCUACGUACCACGCUGAAGUCCCUACGUACCCGCACCACGCUGAAGUCCCUACGUACCCGCACCCCGCUGAUGUCCCUACGAACCCACACCACGCUGAAGUCCCUACGUACCAAGCUGAAUUCCCUACGUACACGCACCACGCUGAAUCCCUACGUACCCGCACCAUGCUGAAGCCCCUACGUACCACGCUGAAGUCCCUACGUACCCACACCACGCUGAAGUCCCUACGUACCAAGCUGAAGUCCCUACGUACCAAGCUGAAGUCCCUAUGUACCACGCUGAAGUCCCUACGUACCACGCUGAAGUCCCUACGUACCACGCUGAAGUCCCUACAUACCAUGCUGAAGUCCCUACGUACCACGCUGAAGUCCCUACGUACCCGCACCACGCUGAAGUCCCUACGUACCCACACCACGCUGAAGUCCCUACGUACCCGCACCACGCUGAAGUCCCUAAGUACCCGCACCACGCUGAAGUCCCUUCGUACCCGCACCACGCUGAUGUCCCUACGUACCACGCUGAAGUCCCUACCUACCCGCACCCCGCUGAAGUCCCUACCUACCCGCACCCCGCUGAAGUCCCUACGAAGCCACACCAUGCUGAAGUCCCUACGUACCAAGCUGAAGUCCCUACAUACCCGCACCACGCUGAAGUCCCUACAUACCCGCACCACGCUGAAGUCCCUACGAACCCGCACCACGCUGAAGUCCCUACGUACCAUGCUAAAGUCCCUACGUACCCGUACCACGCUGAAGUCCCUACGUACCACGCUGAAGUCCCUACGUACAACGCUGAAGUCCCUACGUACCACGCUGAAGUCCCUACGUACCACGCUGAAGUCCCUACAUACCCGCACCAUGCUGACGUCCCUACGUACCACGCCGAAGUCCCUACAAACCCGCACCACGCUGAAAUCCCUACGAACCCGCACCACGCUGAAGUCCCUACGAACCCACACCACGCUGAAGUCCCUACGUACCCGCACCACGCUGAAGUCCCUACGUACCACGCUGAAGUCCCUAAGUACCCGCACCACGCUGAAGUCCCUACGUACCACGCUGAAGUCCCUACGUACCCGCACCACGCUGAAGUCCCUACGUACCCGCACCACGCUGAAGUCCCUACGUACCACGCUGAAGUCCCUACGUACCACGCUGAAGUCCCUACAUACCAUGCUGAAGUCCCUACGUACCACGCUGAAGUCCCUACGUACCCGCACCACGCUGAAGUCCCUACGUACCACGCUGAAGUCCCUACGUACCCGCACCACGCUGAAGUCCCUACGUACCCGCACCACGCUGAAGUCCCUACGUACCACGCUGAAGUCCCUACGUACCCGCAUCACGCUGAAGUCCCUACGUACCACGCUGAAGUCCCUACCUACCCGCACCCCGCUGAAGUCCCUACGAACCCACACCAUGCUGAAGUCCCUACGCACCAAGCUGAAGUCCCUACAUACCCGCACCACGCUGAAGUCCCUACGUACCCACACCACGCUGAAGUCCCUACGUACCCGCACCACGCUGAAGUCCCUACGUACCACGCUGAAGUCCCUACGUACCCGCAUCACGCUGAAGUCCCUACGUACCACGCUGAAGUCCCUACCUACCCGCACCCCCGCUGAAGUCCCUACGAACCCACACCAUGCUGAAGUCCCUACGUACCAAGCUGAAGUCCCUACAUACCCGCACCACGCUGAAGUCCCUACGUACCCACACCACGCUGAAGUCCCUACGUACCCGCACCACGCUGAAGUCCCUAAGUACCCGCACCACGCUGAAGUCCCUACGUACCACGCUGAAGUCCCUACCUACCCGCACCCCGCUGAAGUCCCUACGUACCACGCUGAAGUCCCUACCUACCCGCACCCCGCUGAAGUCCCUACGAACCCACACCAUGCUGAAGUCCCUACGUACCAAGCUGAAGUCCCUACAUACCCGCACCACGCUGAAGUCCCUACAUACCCGCACCACGCUGAAGUCCCUACGUACCAUGCUAAAGUCCCUACAUACCCGUACCACGCUGAAGUCCCUACGUACCACGCUGAAGUCCCUACGUACAACGCUGAAGUCCCUACGUACCACGCUGAAGUCCCUACGUACCACGCUGAAGUCCCUACAUACCCGCACCAUGCUGAAGUCGCUACGUACCAAGCUGAAGUCCCUACGUACCACGCUGAAGUCCCUACGUACCACGCUGAAGUCCCUACGUACCCGCACCACGCUGAAGUCCCUACGUACCACGCUGAAGUCCCUACGUACCCGCACCACGCUGAAGUCCCUACGUACCACGCUGAAGUCCCUACGUACCCGCACCACGCUGAAGUCCCUACGUACCACGCUGAAGUCCCUACGUACCCGCACCAUGCUGAAGUCCCUACGUACCCGCACCACGCUGAAGUCCAGUUUGGUCUCCUGA